AUGCACGUUGUGGACCCGACUCGCUUUCCUUUGGCCGCCAAUGCACAAUAUAGACCGCAUCCGCAUACGCUGACAGAUGCCAAAGCAUUUUACUCUCAGUACGGCAUCGAAAACAUGGUACUUGUGCAACCGUCAAUUUAUGGAGACGACAAUUCAUGUAUGCUAGAAGCACUCGAAGAAUUGACGCCUAAACACGGUCGCGCUGUGGUGGGCUUAGACCCAGAGAGCAUCGACGCAAAGACGCUGGAGAGGUGGCAUGCCCUUGGCGUGCGAGGAGCCAGGCUGAAUCUCGUCAGUGUGUCGAGGGAAAUCACCGAGGAUGACUUGCGGGCUGAACUGAAGAGCUAUGCAAACGUGUUAAGACCCUUCGACUGGGUGCUUCAGCUCUAUAUCCCACUGAAGUUGGCAAUUCCGCUCUUGAACAUCGUCCCAGAUCUAGGGAUUACAGUAUGUGUCGAUCAUUUCGGAUGGCCUGUUCUUCCCGAACGAUCUGAUCCGUCGACGCCCGUUUAUCCAUACGACAUGCGAGGCUUCGCGUCCCUGAUGAAUUUGCUCCAGGAUGGUAGGACGUGGGUGAAGCUCUCAGCACCAUAUCGACUUUCCAAAGACCCGGACAUGAGAGAUUUGGAUCCCAUUGGCAGGGAGUUGAUCAUCAAAGGUUCGGAUCGUGUUGUCUAUGCGACGGAUUGGCCGCACACGAGGUUUGAGAAUAUCAACUCAGAACCGUUCAUCGAGAAGUGCUAUGAGUGGUGCAACGGCGACGCUACGUUAAUCGACAAGCUGUUUCGAUCCAACGCUGAGAAGCUUUGGCACGCUUCCUCAAAUAUAUAG